UGUUGCCCUCCUCAGAAAGACCUGUCUGGAGUCGUCAAGUCCUCCCAUCCGCACCCCGUAUCUGAGUCAAGCGGAUACGAGCUCAAGGGUACAUACGAGAAGCUAGGUGGAUUCGAGAAGGUCUAUGUGACAGGACCUGAUGAUGCCAAACAUGCCCUAGUUGUGAUAUACGAUAUCUUCGGCUUCUGGGAGACUACUCUCCGAGGGGCAGAUUUACUCGUAUCGCACCUCCUUCUCACUCGACCUACAAAGAUCUUCAUGCCGGAUGUGUAUCGUGGCAAGCCGUUCCCAUUCGAGAAAGAUGGUGACAAGGAUGAAUUGCAGAAGUUCUUCGCUGGAACGGCCAAGCUAUCAGAUCGCUUACCGGAGGUCAUAGCCUUUGGAGAGUAUCUCAACAAGGAGUAUGAGUCGGUCGCCAUCCAAGGUUAUUGCUGGGGCGGGAAGGUAACCCUGAUGGCUCUAUCUUCGACUCUUCCUUCACAGACACCAUUCUGCUGCGGUGCUGUCGUACAUCCGGCUCUCAUCGCACCUGAAGAUGGAGACAAUUUGGCUGCUCCGCUCGGCUUCUAUCCUAGUCACGAUGAGCCAAAAGAGGCGGUGGAGAAGAUAGAGGCGGCCAUGGAGAUUAAAGAGUUCGUCAAGAAAUGCGAUUACCAUCUUUAUGAUACAGUUCACCACGGCUGGGCUGCCGCAAGAGCCAACCUCAAAGACUCUGAAAAUCUCAAGCAAUAUGAGGACGUCUAUCAACGCCUGGCCGAUUAUUACUCCAAGCAAUGUUGA